CAACAAUGUCAGGGGUCGCUCGUUUUGGAAAAUGAUUACUGGCAGCACCGACGGUAAAAUAAUGGUCAGAAGAUGUCUAGUAACGUUCAAACCGUUCAGGAUAUUCGUGGUGGGAAUAGGUUUCUUCAGCCUGUGCUUUCUAAUGACCUCUCUGGGGGGGCAGUUCUCAGCCAAGAGACUGGGGGACUCCCCAUUCACCAUCCGCACAGAAGUGCUGGGAGGCGUGGAGUCACGUGGUGUGCUGAGGAAGAUCAGUGACAUGCUGGAGGUGAUUCUGAAGAGGAUGGACAGCCUGUCCAAACUCGACAACACCUCCGCCACCGAGGCACGGCGCCUGGAUGAGCUCAGCUCUGCUAUCAACAGGUUUCAACCAGCCGGCUUGGUGGAGAGGAUCCAAGCUAUUGCCCAGAACGUCUCCAACAUGGCCAUCAGGGUGGAGCAAAUAUUGCAAAACAGCAUGGUGCAAGGAAGAGCAGUGAGAGAUGGGACGUCAAGCCAGUGUGAAGUACCAAGAGACCCACGCUUUCCGGAGUGUCCUGGGAAAGUUGAUUGGAUGCGUGCACGCUGGACGUCGGACCCAUGCUAUGCCUUCUAUGGUGUUGACGGUUCAGACUGCUCUUUCCUCAUCUACCUGAGCGAGGUGGAGUGGUUCUGCCCACCACUGGCCUGGAGGAACCACAGUACCCCCCCCACACAACAUGCACAACAAGCAAAGGCCCCAAAGAGACAGGCUGCUUUCCGCACAGAUCUCUCUGUACUUCUGGACCAGGUUGGGACAGGGAAGGAGUCCCUCAGCUUCAUGAAGCGCCGAAUCCGCCGCCUCACACAGCAAUGGGCAACAGCCGCCAACCGCCUGGAUGCCAAGUUGGAGCAACGAUGGAGGGACCAGAAGAAGAUCCUGGUCCAUGUAGGUUUCCUAACAGAGGAGUCUGGGGAUGUUUUCAGCCCCAAGGUGCUGAAGGGGGGUCCAUUGGGGGAGAUGGUCCAGUGGGCUGACAUCCUCACCGCCCUCCAUGUUCUGGGACAUAAUCUCAAGAUCUCCAUGUCUGUCAAGGAGCUACAGGGGUUUCUUGGAGUGCCUCCAGGCAGAGGCAGUUGCCCACUCACUGGCCCGCUGCCCUUUGACCUCAUCUACACUGACUACCAUGGCCUGCAGCAGAUGAAGCAACACAUGGGGCUCUCACUAAAGAAACACAAAUGUCAUAUCCGAGUGAUUGACACCUUUGGGACGGAGCCAGCUUACAAUCAUGAGGAGUAUGCAACCCUGCAUGGCUACCGGACCAACUGGGGCUACUGGAACCUCAACGCCAGGCAGUACAUGACCAUGUUCCCUCACACACCAGACAACUCAUUCAUGGGCUUCGUUUCGGAGGAGCUGAAUGAGACAGAGAAGAGAAGCAUUCAGCAGAAUAAAGUCAACAACAUGGCUGUUGUGUACGGAAAAGAGGCCAGCAUGUGGAAGGGUAAGGAAGGAUUCCUGCAGAUUCUCCACAGGUACAUGGAGGUCCAUGGCACAGUGUACUAUGAGACUCAGAGACCUCCAGAGGUCCCGGCCUUUGUGAAGAACCACGGGCUGCUGCCCCAGCAUGAACUGCAGCAAUUGCUGCGCAAGGCCAAGCUAUUCAUUGGGUUUGGUUUCCCCUACGAAGGCCCUGCCCCUCUUGAAGCAAUAGCCAACGGCUGCAUUUUCCUCCAACCCAAGUUCCAUCCACCUCACAGCUCACUCAAUCAUGAGUUUUUCAGAGGCAAGCCAACUUCUAGAGAGGUGUCCUCCCAGCAUCCAUAUGCAGAGCAGUACAUUGGAAAACCUCACGUCAUGACAGUGGACUACAACAGCUCCCUGGAGUUUGACUCCGCCAUCAGGGAAAUUAUGAGGACCAAGGUUGAGCCAUAUCUGCCAUAUGAGUACACCUGUGAGGGGAUGCUGGAGAGAGUACAUGCCUACAUACAGCAUCAGGACUUCUGUGCCCCAGAGCCUCCUUUCAUUCCAGCCAACCUCUCCAAAAAGGGGUCUGCUGGUGGCAGCAGAAUGACAGGACCUCUGUUUGUGCCCCUUCCCAAUUCCACAGCCCUUGGCUGGCCAUCCAAUAUGACGGUUCCUCAUGUCUGGCCUCCUCUCAGCUCCCUCAGGCUGCUCGUAUCUCAAGAGGGCCAGUCCUGUGUGGAGGCAUGCCAGUCAGCUGGCUUCAUCUGUGAGCCUGCUCACUUCCGCUUCAUCAACAACAAGGACGCCCUGCGUGGGUUGGAGGUGCAGUGCGAGGUGGUAGACUCAGAGAUCAACCACAUUCUUCCAGCCUUCUCAGUGCUGCGGCAGGAGUGCGGCCUCCAGCGGGAACCCCUCCUCUUCAGCUGUGCAGGUCAUUCCCCCAAAUACAGACGUCUUUGCCCCUGCAGAGACUUCCGCCGCGGCCAGGUGGCGCUGUGCAGAGACUGUCUAUAAAGACAGGGCAUGUGAAGGACAGAACCAAAAGAAUUAGACACAGAUUGGCGGGGGAAAGGCUGUGGUUGAAGGCAACCACAGCCAGAGUAGGUGUGACAAAUUACCCAAUGGUGCAGAGAGGCAGCUUCCUCCAAAACAGUAAAUGUAGGAUGAUGAGGAACCGGUAUGCAUUGAUUUGAAGAGCUUAAAGGAGGCUUGGAUAGCUACCAGGUUGAUUGUGGUUGACUGUAGUUGUUAGAGCAGCCGUUAUACUGUAACAGGCUGGUGGCAUACUGUAUAGCAGCAAGACUUCAUAGAGCAGGGUAGCAUUGAUACCAGGUGUCUUUACAAGGAGGAAGUAUACUCCACUGAAGGGUAAAUGCUGGGUUACAACUCACCAAGCCAACCAUCUUUCACAUUAACCCUCCAACUACAGUAUAAUAGUUUCAACAAGAUGUGAUACACAACAUUUCAUUUUCAGAACCGCCUCUUGCAAAAAAUGGGGUGUUUAAGUUGGGAAACGUACACUUGUGACUGCAGAGAAACUCAGUAUUGGACUAUAGUGUCGUUCUAUGACAUAGUCUUCAAAUAUUGUUGCUUGGAGAAGGCAACCUCGGGUCAAUAUCCAAUCUCCUCUCUGCACGUGGACAAAGGAUGAUGGACAGCCGGGUUAUCUCCCUUGCUUUUUUCUCUCUCCU